CUACUCUCUCUCUCUCUCUCUCUCUCUCUCUCUAUGUAUAUGUGUAUAUAUAUAUAUAUUCCCUGUUUGUCACGCUUUCAUUCCAGUGGUCGCCCAAUACUUCGAAGUUCAGGUUUACGAUCAGUUCGCGAUCCGCGGGAACGCGGCAAUUUUCAAGUGUCAGGUUCCAUCGUUCGUCGCCGACCACGUGGACGUAGUGGGAUGGAUCGAUUCGAACGGCGGCAGUUACGUGGCCGAUGGACAGUCAUACGUUGUCGGGCAGCGGUAUGCAGUGAACGUGAUGGACGAACACGUCCUUCGGGGAACGCCGCAAUUAUCAAGUGUCACAUACCGAGCUUCGUCGCCGAAUUCGUCGAGGUUGACUCUUGGAUCGAAGACGAGACCACUGAAAUAUACCCUAGCACCGAUUACGAUGGAAAAUACUUGGUACUGCCUUCCGGGGAGCUUCACAUUCGCGAUGUUGGACCCGAGGAUGGAUACAAGACUUACCAAUGCCGCACCAAGCAUAGACUGACCGGAGAGACGAGGCUGUCGGCAACCAAGGGACGACUCGUCAUUACCGGUAAGUGAGGAGCAACGAGACAAGAAACGAUCGAGUUUCAUCCUCGUCGAA